UAUUAGUAAAUUUAACAUACAUACAGUAGCUGCAAAGGAAGUUGCAUAAUGGCAAGUAAGCUCAGGUUGGAGGGCAAAGUGGCUAUAAUAACAGGUGGUGCAAGUGGCAUUGGAGAAGCAAGUGCUAGAUUGUUUGUCCAACAUGGUGCUCGUGUUGUCGUUGCCGAUAUUCAAGAUGAACUCGGUCUCCAAGUAGUCCAAUCCAUCGGAAUCCACAAAGCCACUUACCGCCACUGUGACGUCACAGACGAGAAGCAAGUUGAGGAUACCGUAGCUUACGCGGUACAGAAAUAUGCUACUCUUGACAUCAUGUUUAGUAAUGUCGGGACGCUCAACUUCUGCAGCGUCCUCGACAUGGACAUGACAGCCUUCGAUGAGACAAUGACUGUCAACGUAAGAGGAUCCGCGUUAGCAGUCAAGCACGCGGCUAGAGUUAUGGUUGAUAAGAAAAUUCGGGGAUCCAUUAUAUGUAACGUGAGUUUAGAGGGUAUUCUAGCUGGGGCCGCUUCGUUAGCCUACAUUGCGUCAAAGCACGCAGUUGUAGGCAUUGUGAAAGCGGCCGCACGUGAAUUAGGUCCAUAUGGGAUUAGGGUGAAUGGGGUGUCACCUUAUGGAAUAGCGACGCCGCUGGUGUGCAAAGCAUAUGGGUUAGAUGCGGCUCCACUGGAAGCAGCAAUAAAUGGAAAUGCAAAUUUGAAAGGUGUUACGUUGAGCACAAUGCAUGUAGCACAAUCAGCACUUUUCUUGGCGUCUGAUGAAUCUGCUUACACAAGUGGUCAAAAUUUGGCUGUCGAUGGCGGACUUAGUUCUAUUUUGAAGCUACAAUAAAUAAUUGUCAAGUGUCUGGUGUUGGUGUGUUGGAAGUUACAAUAAAUCCUCACCUUGUGAGUGUACUGCUGUUUCACUUGUUUCCAAUUUUUCAACUUAAAUAAUAUUCUAUCCGUUUUUAAAAAAAUAUUCUAGUUUAAUCUUUUAGUUUUGAAGUUAAAAGUCAUGUUAAAUA